AACAGUAAACAAUAUGUCGUCGCAUUUGUUACACACAUUGGCGCGGCAGUCAGUAUUGCUGAUAUUCUUCCUAUGCCUACUCCAAGCCCUCGAAUUGCAGAUCCAUGAACAGCAAUUGAAGCAUCAAUUGGACGAGGAGUUGCGUUUGCGUCAGUUGCAGCUGCAGGCUCAACAGCAGCGUGAGCAACAGAUGUUGCAACGUCGAUACUCCUCAACGACAUCGACACGAAAACCGUAUAUCAUACCGCAGGGAUUAUCAUUGCCCCGACGUGGUGAACAUCCGGAGAAAUGUUAUCGUGAAGUGCCCGCUGUAUUCUUUCAGUAUGACAAGGAGGUUAAAAUUGUGGGCAAUAGCACCACAAAUCCCUAUUUUAAUGUCAUCGAGGUGUGCUGCAAAGGUUGGCGUCGCUAUGAAUACGAUUGGAGUCGUUGUGUCCCGGAUUGCGGUGAACGGUGUCUGGAGAAUGGAUUUUGUUUGGCUGGUGGCAUUUGUCAGUGUUUUGAUGAUUUUGUUCUAAACUAUAGAAAUAAUUGUGUGCCAACGUGUCCUUUGGGUUGUCCGCAUGGCCGUUGCUAUUUAAAUGGCACCUGUGUGUGUCAACAGGGAUACGAGCUAGAUGGCUCUCGGCGCUUCUGUCAACCCAUAUGCAAUCAAACGUGCGGACAUAAUGAAAUCUGCCUGGAGCCGGGUAAAUGCGUCUGUGCCGAGGGCUAUGCCCGUGGACUGCGUGAAUCCUCAGCCUUGGGCUGUCAACCCAUUUGCAUUCCAGACUGUGGACACGGUCACUGUGUGGCGCCUAAUGAAUGUGAAUGCUUUCCCGGCUACCAGAAACGUCUCAAUGGAAGUUCUUGUGAAAGCAAUUGCUAUUUGCGCUGCGAGAAUGGUUUCUGUGCCAAUCGAACAACUUGUGUCUGCCAGAAUGGCUAUCGUUAUGAUCGUAAUACCACGAGCUGUCUUCCCGAUUGUGGGGAUAAUUGUGAGAAUGGUGUUUGCAUAUCGCCAGGAAAUUGCCGAUGCUUCAAUGGCUAUAUCAGAAAUCGUGAGAAAUGUCAGGCUGUAUGUGAACGGGGCUGCGGUUUCUAUGGCAAAUGUAUUGCUCCCAAUGUCUGCGCCUGUGCUGUGGUCCCUGGGCCAGAGAUAACCUAUCAGGGAUGUAAAAUGGGUUUCUGCAAUUCGCAGGGUCUGUGCCGUUGCAUGGAAGGCAAAACACGAUUUAUCGAUGAGUGCAUGUCACCGGAUACGGUUACCACAUAUGCCUCCCUCAAUCCAAUCCGGGUGAAUGCCUCUUUGAUGCAUGAGUUUGAUCUACUGUUGGGUAGACAUUUCAUAUUGGGUGGCGUCGAAAGAUUGCAUGAGACCAUGUGGUGGCUUUGAGCAGAGAAAGUGAUAAGCUAUGGAGAGAGUCAUAAAGAAAUUUUUUUCAAUUUGAAUAAAUAUUAAAUAUUUCUCAA